GAUACAUCCGAGACGAGCACUAUCUCUUUAUUCCCUUUCUCUUCUCUUCUCUUCUCCCCCCUUUCUCUUCUCUUCUCCCCAAAUGCUAGUUUCAAAAUGAUAAUUCGUCUACAAAUUCUUCCUCAAACCCUAAUCCCUAAUUUUCCAGAAUUACGUUCUUCACCAAAAAUUCUCAAAACCCCUAAUAACCCUAGAAACAAUAAUCAUAACUCUCAACUCCUUCAAGGAUUUACUCCUCUCAAAUCAAGAACAACAUCACCUCCAUUACCAACAAUUAUUGGUUCUGAUUCAGGUCUUUUAUUCCGUGAAAAACUUAUCUAUCUCGAGAAACUCAAUAUAGAUUCACGAAAAGCAUUAGAACAAAACCCUAAUUUUCGUUCUGUUUCGUUGGAUUCAAUCAAAUCAGUGGAGAAAUGUUUGUAUUCAAUGGGGAUUGAACGUUCUGAUAUGGGUAGAAUCUUCGGUAUGCAUCCUCAACUUCUUACUUGUGAUAUACAUACUGAUUUGUACCCAGUUUUUGAAUUUUUGCUUAAUGAUGUUAAAAUUUCUUUUAGUGAGAUUCGUAAAUCUGUUAUUCGAUGCCCUAGAUUGUUAAUUUGUAGUGUUCGUGAUCAAUUAAGGCCGACUUUGUAUUUUCUGAGAAGAUUAGGGUUUGUAGGACAAAAUGCAAUUUCAUGUCAGACUACACUUUUGUUAGUUUCGAGUGUUGAAGAUACGCUUAUACCUAAGCUUGAUUAUCUUCAGAGUGUGGGGUUUACAUAUAGAGAGACUAUUAAAAUGGUGUUAAGAUCACCUGGUCUGUUAACCUUUAGUGUUGCUAACAAUUUUAAGCCGAAAGUAGAGUAUUUCUUGAAUGAGAUGGAAGGGGAUUUGGGCGAGUUGAAGAAAUUUCCACAGUACUUUUCUUUUAGUUCAGAGGGAAAGAUAAAGCCACGACAUAGGCUUUUGGUUGAGCAUGGGUUGUCACUUUCUUUAUCAGAGAUGUUGAAGGUUAGUGAUGGGGAAUUCAGUGAUCGUUUGAUGGAGAUGAGAUUGCGGACUAUUAACGGGGAAUUGUCUUUGUAAGUUCCAGUUAUUUUCUGUACUUACACUAUAUAAAUUAAUCAAUGUAUGUAAGUUUUUUGAUGAACUUGACUGAAUUGUUAUCUGUGCGAGUUAUUUGCAUGUAUUUUUGAUUUGCUAUGAAGUGCUUAUCCUGUUCUGUUAUCAUUGUUCCUUAUUGUA